AUGGCCAACCCGUUUCUCUAUGCUCUUCUCGGGAGGAACUUUCGACAUCAGCUAAAAAAGAUGUUUUGCUGCAAACAGCGGGAGAACAGGAAACAUUGGAGACCAAAGAGCGAAGCUUCGACGGACAUGACACUAACAAGACAUGUAGUAGAAGCAACAGAACAUGCUAUAGGACAGGCAGAUGUGACGGAACAGGCCCAGGAUACAGGUGGGACAGGACAGGCCCAUGACACAGGUGGGACAGAAAGGACCAAGGCUACAGACGGGACAGAAAGGACCAAGGCUACCGACAGGACAGAAAGGACCAAGGCUACCGACAGGACAGAAAGGACCAAGGCUACUGACGGGACAGAAAGGACCAAAGCUACUGACGGGACAGAAAGGACCAAGGCUACUGACGGGACAGAAAGGACCAAGGCUACCGACGGGACAGAAAGGACCAAGGCUACUGUCGGGACAGAAAGGACCAAGGCUACCGACGGGACAGAAAGGACCAAAGCUACCGACGGGACAGAAAGGACCAAGGCUACUGACGGGACAGAAAGGACCAAGGCUACCGACGGGACAGAAAGGACCAAGGCUACUGACGGGACAGAAAGGACCAAGGCUACCGACGGGACAGAAAGGACCAAAGCUACCGACGGGACAGAAAGGACCAAGGCUUAA